GCACGCGCCAACAUUUGGCAGCGCACACUACGCAUGAUGGCAGCAGAGGUCACGCACGAAAGCGGCACAGCUGACCGGAUGACAUCGUGAUGGAGUAACCCACUCCGGGCAGGUGGAGGAGCCGGCUACCGGUUGAUGGAAGAGAGGAUUCAUGAUGUCUAGUCCUGUUCCUGAAACCAAGUCAUGUUCGGUUGGUGUAUUUGGGAGCCCUGUUGCCCAUGGCAACCUCUUUCUGUUAUUAGGACAAAACAUUGCAAGUCUCAUCCACAAGCCCCGUUGAAUGCACGAUGGGCAGGUGAAAACUGAAAGGCCAGGAGUUGGCCAUUUCAUCCACAUUGAAUCCACAAAGGGAUACAAAACCACUCACCUUAAGUGUAUUAUCAAAAUGCCAAAUUUAGCCAAAUAAAAAUGCCUCUUAAUAUCCGAGCCAAGCCGGCCCAGAACAAGCUGUCUGCCGCCUCAAAGAGCAGCGGUCAUGCAGAUGGCGCUGCAUCUCAUUCACGCUUUUCAAGGUCUGCCAAACAGACCAAAGGUAAACAGGCCAAGACCAGUUCAACCCCAGGCUGCCGCUCCGGAUUAGAACCUGGUUCGGUGUCCACCCCCGUUUCAAAAGUACCCGGAGGUCAAGGAUCUAUGUCAAGACUCGGCCCAAAGAAACCUAGCAUUGUAACCCAUGCGAAGGUGACCUGUGGCUCAGCGACAGCCCCAGGGGGUAAAACUCUGUCAAUGGAAAACAUCCAGUCUUUAAAUGCGGCUUAUGGCACGUCAGGCAUGUACCCCUGCGAGCGGGAGUCGUUGGAACUUUCUGGAAGUUACCCCAAAGGCACCAUGACACUCGGGAGGAACACCAGCCGCUUCUUGAACGGUGGCCGUGGUGCGGGUGUGAGCAGCAACUCGACUAUAAACUCCCCUGAUCCAAAUCACUUGUCCAACCACUACAAAGACCAAAACUUUGGCCCUGCAGGGACUCUUGGUGUUCAACGGCAGUCUGGGAGACGUCCAUAUGUGUUGGAUACGAGUGGUCAUGAAGAACCUCCUGCAUCUGAUCUCCAGACUCAACUCAGGGAGCUUCAGAAGGAAAAUGACAACCUAAAAAGAGAAUUAGUUGGAAGAACAGGCCACAGUUUUAACAAUGUCAAUUUUUGGAGUCCGGAUGUCAAGAGAGACAAAAGCAUCAGGCGGGAAGAUGGACCGAGGACCUCAGCCCCUAUGGACUAUUCACGGGCAGACCAAGAUAAUAUUCAGCAUCCAUUGACAGUUCAGGAGCUCCAGGAGGAGCUGAGGGCCCACAGGGAGAUCAACAGUCGCCUCCAGCAACGACAUCAGCAAGGGACCUCCGCUUCCUGUCGUGAUAUCCGCAUGGAGCAGGACCACAGAGGUGGGCUCAGCCCUGGUCACACUCCGCGAGAAAGUCCCAGCCACCUCCACGGUCCCGGGCCAAAGAGUAGCCCGAGAGCCAGUCCAUCCAACACAUACAAUCCAAGGCAGCAGGAAGUUGACAUCAUCAUUCACAGCUCAGGGUAUGGCGGUGCCAGUCCGAUAGCCGCACAGAGAGUCAGCCCGGCCGGCACCGUUCAUCCUGGGCCGAAGCUCAGCCCGAAUCAAGCGGCGGUUCCCAGCCCCACUCUGGUCCGGCGCUGCAGCCCAUGUCAGGUGCCGGGCUGCGACGGCUUCUCUUCGCCACCUCCGGAGCCGUCGCAUGAGAAUUUUGGCCACUUGCAGUCGGAGCACGAGCGUCAGGCCAAGGAGCUGUUCCUGCUGCGGAAAACCAUGGAAGAGAUGGAGAUGAGAAUUGACUCUCAAAAGCAGACGCUAGGUGCCAGAGACGAGAGCAUCCAGAAGCUUCUGGAGAUGCUUCAGGGUCAAGGUCAAGUUCACGGAGCGUGUGGCCGGGGGCAUAGAACGGGCAUCUUGGCGAUGGCUGCACAGGAGGCUGAAGCUCAACUUGAAAACAUGCACGUAAGAGAGGACACCAAGAUCUCUUCAUUGGAGAGGAACAUCAGAGACUUAGAAGAUGAGGUCCAGAUGUUGAAGACCAGCGGCCAGCUACAUCCUGACGAUAGGCAGGAUGAGUUCAAACAGGUGGAGGUCUACAAGAGCCAUUCUAAAUUUAUGAAGACCAAGAUAGAGCAGCUGAAGCAGGAGCUGAACAGGAAGGAGUCGGACAUGCAGGCCCUGCAGACCAAACUGGAAACGCUAACCAAUCAGAACUCGGACUGCAAGCAACAUAUCGAGGUGCUUAAGGAGUCCCUCAACGCCAAGGAGCAACGUGCCAAUACGCUACAGACUGAGGUAGAUGCUCUCCGGGUGCGUUUGGAAGAAAAAGAGCAGUUCUUGACAAAGAAGAACAAACAGCUUCAGGACCUAACAGAUGAAAAAAGCACUGUAACGGGAGAAAUCAGAGACAUGAAGGAUAUGUUGGACGUCAAGGAGAGAAAAGUCAAUGUCCUUCAGAAAAAGCUUGAGAACCUGUUGGAGCAGUUAAAGGACAAAGACAAACAGUUGUCCGGGUUAAGGGAUCGAGUCCAAGGCCUUCAAACCGAUUCUAGCAACACGGACACGGCCCUUGCCACGCUGGAGGAGGCCCUGUCUGAGAAGGAGCGAGUCAUUGAGAGCCUGCGGGAACAGAAGGAGCGGGCGGACAGGGUUCAACUGGAGGAGUUGGAGCGACUGAGGAAGGACAACCAGGAAUUGAAGGACAAGCUCUUAGUGCUCCAACCUCAGAAACUGUCACCCGGCCAGCCCUCGAUCCCGAGCCCAAACCAAGGCCGGAGGCCCGACGGAGAGAUGGCAGCUCUAAUAGACGCAGUUCCAGCUGUAAGUUCCAUGGCCCCAAACCCAGAGGACACAUUGCGCAAGUGCCCGGACAUCACGGAUCGCCUAAGGCUUCUCGAGCAGGAAGUGGCUCGCUACAGGGAGGAAUCUGGAAAGUCGCAAGCAGAGGUCGCCAGGUUGAUGGCGGCGCUGAAGGACGCUGAGGUGGACAGAUCUGGCCGAGAGAAGAAAAUAAAUGAUCUUGAAAGGCAAAUCAAGUCCCCUCUUAUUCAAAAACAGACAGUGCCUGGCGAAGUAAGGAGGGAUGCGCAACUUGAUGGACAUCCACACUCUUUGUCGCAGCUGGAAGAGCUGAUGGGAGCCCUGGAGAAGACACGACAGGAACUGGACACAACAAAGUUGCAUCUGUCCUCCACCCAGCAGACCUUGCGUGAGCGAGACGGACAUCUCAACAGCCUGCGGCAUGAAAGACGAAAGCAGCUGGAAGAAAUUCUGGAAAUGAAGCAGCAAGCUUUACUGGCAGCUAUCAGUGAGAAAGAUGCUAACAUAGCCCUUCUGGAGUUGUCUCCCUUGAAGCGAAGAAAAGCCCAAGAGGAGGUGAUGGGUCUAAAGCGGGAGAAGGACUGCCUCAUGCAUCAACUCAAACAGCAGACUCAGAGCAGAAUGAAGAUGAUGGCGGAUAACUAUGAAGAGGAACGCGUCCAACCUCAACAUCAUCCUCACCAUUCUGUCCACUUGCAGCACUCGGCAAAUGUACAUCACAGAAGCCACCCGAGAGGACCCCCGCAUCCCAACCACAGAUCCCCAAUGGACCAGGAGGAUGAAGAGGGCAUUUGGGCAUGAUUUGGCGCCAUCGUUGGAAGAUUGCAAAUAAACUGCUUGGACAACCGGCUACCAAGAGGUCCAGCGAUGCAUUCAGAUGAGCACGACAUUACCACCAGAUGUGACAUGGACCUAUAACUUCUGAUAAGCUCAGAAUGUCGUCUUCUUCUUUGCUGACAUAUGCCAUGACCUUAAUGUAGGGGAGGGGGAGUGGUCAGCAAUGUUGGGCUCUUGCUUGAAUGUGCCCCCUGCCUUUAUAUCCCCUGUUUGCUAGGUGUGGAGGAUUGUGGGCAGGCUGAAAUAUUUUCUUUUGGGUUCUGGCUUUCGGACAAUUGAGGCACUUUUCAUAUGAAUGUAGCCAAACCAGUAGAAUUACCUAUCAACUUUUGGUGCAGCGAUAUUGUGUCAUCUUCUGCCACUGCACUGAUUUUUUGGACUUUUCACAACAUGGACCUCACCCUCAGAUCCACCAAGACCUUCUCUACUAUGUAUGGUGCCAAUGGAGACAGACACAUUCUUCUGAUAUGAAACCGGAUCAGAAUCUUACAUGUUCUAAAGCGGAACUGCAAACUGAACCGAGUUUAAUGGACUUUCUCCUGUUUGCUUUGUGGGAGAGGCUGAAAUUCUCCCAAAUCAGUUUGAAUGACACUUGAAUCGGAAAGGAUAUUAUUACAAUUACCGUAUUUUUCGGACCAUAAGGCGCACUUAAAAACUUUUCAUUUUCUCCAAAAUCGACAAAGUUUAAUUUGAUUUUUUUUUAAUAGACCCAUUAAUUAAUACGGUGUGCCUAAUGGUCCGUAAAAAAAUGGAAUGUAUAAACAGGAAUAAUAUCUCUGUUGAGCCUGCUGUGCAUUUGUUUGAUGAAACACUAUCAUGUAUUCUUGUUGGUUUUUUUACAUUCAUUUCAUCUCCUAGUGCCACUACUUUUGUUUUUGAAAAGUGACAUUUAUUUUUGUUUGUAUAUUUAUUUUGUGUAGUGCAUGUUAUUCACCAGGAAGCAACUUGUAAGGUGAACAAUGGGAUCAUAAAACCUUCAAAACAAA